AUGAGCACCUCGAAUUCAGCCCCACGGUGGACAGCCCUCGCGCGCGACACCAACGAGACGAGCAUCCAGCUGGCCCUGAAUCUCGACGGCGGCGCAUUCCCACCAGAGACAGACUCGAGGCUCGUCACGGCGCAAGGGCAUGCAUCGCAGUCAAGCAAAUCGCAGACGAUAAGCGUCAACACAGGAAUCGGCUUCUUGGACCACAUGCUCCACGCGCUGGCAAAACACGCCGGCUGGAGCUUGGCGAUCGCCUGCAAGGGCGACCUGCACAUCGACGACCACCACACCGCCGAAGACGUCUGCAUAGCGCUCGGCAGCGCCUUCGGCACGGCGCUGACCUCGAUGGCGGGGCUCGCGCGCUUCGGCUACGCAUACGCACCUCUCGACGAGGCGCUCAGCCGCGCGGUCGUGGACCUCUCGAACCGUCCGUACAGCGUCGUGGACCUGGGCCUGAAGCGCGAGAAGAUCGGCGACCUGAGCUGCGAGAUGAUCCCCCACUGCCUGCAGAGCUUCGCGCAGGGCGCGCGCGUCACGCUGCACGUCGACUGCCUGCGGGGCGAGAACGACCACCACAGGGCCGAGUCGGCCUUCAAGGCGCUGGCCGUAGCGAUACGCAUGGCGACGAGCAGGAUCCCCGGCAGGGAGGGCGAGGUGCCGAGCACCAAGGGGACGCUGAGCGCGCUGGGGUAG